AUGGCGCGCCAAAAACAGGCAGUGCCUCUCCAACGGACCACUUCGUCUGAGCUGAUGCAUUUACAAUCUGGAGAAUCCGAAUCGAAAACUAGGCAAGAGAAUGGCAACGCUCACAAGUCUGUCGUUACAACUGGAUCUGCUUCUGCGAAGAAGCCAAUGCUCGAAGUUCCCCUGGAGACUCCAGGGUUGACGCAACUCGCAAUCUGCGUCCUUGGAAUUUAUGCAUCGUUCCUAUCGUGGGGUGUCUUGCAAGAAGCGAUCACCACUGUCAAGUAUCCCGUCCGUCCUCCCAGCGCUGCGGAACCAGAACCACCAACAGAACGUUUUACCUUCUCGAUCGUCCUGAAUACCAUCCAGUCCACCUUUGCAGCGAUCACCGGGUUUCUCUACCUCUACUUCUCCACUCCUGCGGGCAAGAAAGUCCCCUCCAUCUUCCCGACUCGCAAGAUCCUCUUCCCCCUGCUUCUGGUCAGCAUCUCCUCGUCCCUGGCAUCGCCCUUCGGAUACGCCAGUCUCGCGCAUAUUGAUUAUUUGACCUUCAUUCUGGCCAAAUCAUGCAAGCUUCUGCCUGUCAUGUUCCUCCAUUUGACCAUCUUUCGGAAAAGGUAUCCGUUGUAUAAGUAUGGUGUGGUCUUGCUGGUCACCUUGGGAGUCGCAACCUUUACCCUCCACCAUCCUGGAACGAGCAAAAAGGUAGCCGCCUCGGCAGCAAAGAACCAGUCGGGCUCCUCUAUGUACGGAAUCUUUUUGCUCUCCAUCAACCUCCUCCUGGACGGCCUCACAAAUACAACCCAAGACCAUGUCUUCAGCUCCCCGCAGAUCUACACGCGCUUCACCGGCCCACAGAUGAUGGUCGCCCAGAACGUCCUCUCGACUAUCCUGACUACCUCCUAUCUCCUGGUCAUGCCCCAUCUGUCCUCUACUGGUCUGCUGCAUGCAAUUCUCCCCAUUCCCAUUCCACCCUCUACCGACACGGAGCUGGCAUCCGCCAUCUCCUUCCUGUCACGACACCCAGAGACCCUGAAGAACGUCCUUGGAUUUGCUGCGUGCGGCGCUGUGGGUCAGCUCUUCAUUUUCUACACGCUUUCCCGCUUCUCGUCGCUGCUUCUGGUGACCGUGACGGUCACACGCAAGAUGCUCACUAUGCUCUUGAGCGUGUUCUGGUUCGGACACUCUCUGUCCGCCGGCCAGUGGCUCGGCAUCAGCCUUGUCUUUGGCGGCAUCGGUGCUGAGGCGGCCGUCCAGAGACAGGAAAAGAAAGCCAAGGAGCGGGCGAAGGCGUUGGCCGGCAAGAAGGAAUAA